GCCUGCUGUGCCCCCCGCUACAGUAUAGCGUCCUCUUCCGAAUGCAUGGGACGUCUCGUUUCAGCAUGAAUUCUUCUUUCGGCUGCACUGUUUUGUAACCUUCCAUGCAUCUUCCACACCUUGAUCUCUUUUCGCCUAUGAGCCCUUCUCUUUUCGGUCGACCGCGAAAUCACGCAUUCAGGUCCCGUUCCUACCCAGUAGCCAGCCCCUGCACACCUAGAGUCACAUUCCAGCCACACCCCUCCCCACUCUCGACCCAAGUUGUCUACCUUAGUAUCCAUACUCCUCCCCUAGGAGACGACCUGGCAGGCUAGAUUAUCUGCUGCCAGGGGGCCGGGGUCGCUGGCAGGCGUUUGUUUCUAUUCCGGUUGGCAGACCAUGGCAUAAGAUCCCCAAAUUAUGCUACCGUCAUUGCUGCCCACCUUGCUCGGGAACACCACUUUUCUGACCCAGGGCUUUUCACGUACCGUACGAAGUACAUGCUGCUUUUAAUCUUGUUCCGGUGCAAAAUAUUCCCUUUCCACUUUGCUGGGCCCUGCUUGUCUUGUACCCGAGCAGAUCAGACGAUAUAAUGCAGCCCUUGCCCACCCAAACCCUGCCAUAGUAACUUUUGAGUCCCCAACCCACACUAAUACACCCACACCGGUACCUCCACCAAACCACCAAUAGCACGAACAGUGAGAAGUAAAAAGGCUGGGGACUCGCACCGAGACCUACAGUAGAAAGAGGGCGGAGAUCCUCAUCAUCAGACACUCGAGAAACCGUUUGGAAAUACGACCGUCUGUUAAAAGGGUUCCCCCUACCUGCUACCAGCUCGAACUAUAAAGUUCUUAAAGAGUGAGUGGAAGAGCGAACCUGUCGAUAUACCGAACAGCAUCAGGUGCAAAACGCGGUCAGCAACAACAAUCGAUACAGACAUAUGUGCUCUCCCCGACACCGAUCGACGGCUUUGACAUUACUACCUAGCGGGGUCGACAGCAGGUGCAUAUCAGGUCUCCUCCUUCAGAGGCCAAGGCGAGGGCCAGUUUCAACAGUUGACCUCGCAACAGCCCUCCGGGGCUCGCAAUUAUCAUUCUUUCCAUACAGACUCCGGCAACCAGCCAGAGCGGUUCGCUCUGGCGGACCCCAUGCAUCGGCACGCUGGCGGGCCACUAUCGAGUUCAGGCGGAUUACAAUGACUACUCACCACAGGAGUCGCAUCCGCCGCAGCAAAGCCAGUCAUCGCAUGCUUACGAGCCGCACCACCCGCGAUCUCUCGCCGGUCCGUCGACACUGCACGACCCAACGGAGCAUCACGCCCAUCAUGUGGCGGGGCACUCACAUCAUCCUCCGGCCCUUCAUGGACUACCACAGCAUCGCCAAACUCCAUCUCACCACCAUCCGGUCCUGUUAGAUCCGGUGCAGAUGAGCAGCCACUCGGGUUCGCGGCACAUAGGACAUCAAACGCCGACGCAGUAUGGGGCUGGUCCGUCGCCUCAUUCUGUGGUUCCACCACCGCUCUACCCGUCAAUGACGCCGACACAGUCGGGCCCGAGCAGUGGUAUCAAGCGAUCCAGACCCGAUGAUCUCGAUCUUUCAGUGCCCGGCAUCGCCGAGCUUGAGCAAGGCGAGAUGGACCCAAUGCAGCAGUCACAACACAUGGGUGCGUCAUAUGCACAAUCUGCAUCUACGCCUCAACACCAUCACCAUCGGAUGCCUGAGACCGGCCCUCCCUCAAAGAUGAUGCGCCGGGAUUCCCAAGGAGGAGGUGGCGUUGGUGGUGGCGCACCAAGCGUGGUGGGCCAAGCAGGCAUGCCACCUCCGGCCCAGAGGCCCAGAGGACCAAAGUUAAAGUUCACAGCAGAAGACGAUGCGCUCUUGGUGGACUUGAAGGAAAACAAGAGCCUCACGUGGAAGCAGAUUGCCGAAUUCUUCCCCGGGAGGUCCAGUGGCACACUUCAAGUGCGCUAUUGCACCAAGCUCAAGGCAAAAACGACGCAAUGGACAGAAGAAAACGAUCAGAAACUUCGAACAGCUUUGCAAGACUACGAGAGGGAAAAAUGGAGGAUAGUGUCUAGCAAGGUAGGCACCGGCUUUACACCAGCUGCUUGCCAGGAGAGAGCCAUAGCUCUAGAGGGAGGCGCGCCGCAUGGACAUCCGCUCGAAAGUCCCUUAUAGCAAUCAGCGUCUCCUCCAGGAGCCUCGGCUUCUGGAGGGGACACCACCGGAUACACGCAUCAACCUGCGACACAUGAAUCAUCACACACCACCGGAGCUUACACGCAUCAACCACCAGCUUCCGAGUCGGGACUUCACUCCGGAUACUCAAAUCCGCCGCCUACCACUCACGCCCCCAGCCUCCAUAAUAUCUAUCACCCCACCCAACUUUAGUAUUCAACCUCGGUGAGAGUUCGGGACCGGGGUGGGCUGGUUAUAGGCCAAAAGCAAAACGUUUUUUUUUUUUUUUUCCCACGAUGCGGGACCAGCGUUCCUUCUAUCGGAGUUAGGUCUUUGCGGU